GUGGAGUGAGGUGUGGAGGUGGUUGGUAUUGCAGAUGGCGGCCAAAAGAGCGAGUCUCCGCCUUGGUGGGCUUGGAAGCCUUUCUGAUUGCUUUUGAUGAGUCGGCAGCACAGACAGACGCCGUCGAAUCAUUCUUCGCGGUUGGGAUUCCUCCACCGCUCCGACGACGAGCUUCCUCUCCCUCCCCUUCAUCUUCCACCACCCGCUCGAUCCUGAACGGAGAGACAUGAGCUCCGGCGUUCGCAUCGACGUCCAACCCUUUCUCCAGAAGCCAAACCCGAAAGCAUCAGCUCGCCGCGAGACCCAGCAAGUUCAACUCCAGUCUCAAACGUUCUCCAUCCCGGCGUUCCGUCCGGACGUACACCCCCCUGCUCCCCACACUCCAGCUCAGCGAACCCAUCCCCAGUCCCCGCCACCACCAAAAUACCCUCCCGUGCCUCCACAGCGCUGCUCUUCUCGCGCAGCGUCACGCUCCUGUCCGCCCCACCAGCCACCAUCCCAAUCUUCUCGAUCUCCGCCAUCUGCUCCCGUCCUUUCUUUUCUCUUUGCAAUCAACAAUGUUACACUCCACUUCGUUACUUCAACACCUUUCUUUCCCGCCCCACCGUCUCCAACAUGGCCAAUACCACUCCCCUUCCGCUCUUCACCGCCUCCUCCACUCGUCGCUCCGUCUUUCGCUCUACUAGUCGUACUCCGCGCACUACCCGCCUGCUCCACCGGAGAUACCCCACCCACACCCACCUUCCUCGGCACGACAAGCGCACGCUUUGCACCACAAUUCAAUGACGGUUUCACCGACGACGCUGAUGAAGCCUUCGAUGGGGGGUUCAGGGCGGAGAAGCGAAGGGAGCCGUUGAGUGUUCCUGCAUACACGCCAUCGCAACCUUGGAACUUGAUCGCAUCUGCGGCUGACGGCAGCCCCGAAUGGCAUGGCAACAUAUCACUCGCGGUCAGGGACGACGACACUGCCUCUCCGAAAGAGGAAGCGCCAGGCCUUGGUUACGAGACGGCUGCCCUUCCCGACCCCGAGACCUCCGCCACGCCCAAAGGUCCCAAUCCAGCGGGUAACCUGGACGCCGACGACGACAAGCCCGUCUAUGCGGACGACGAAGAGAGCCAGAAGCAAUGUUCCGGACCCGCCGCCGACGUUUCCGCGAUGUCGUGCCCCAAGGCAAGAACCAGGAGCGUGGAGUUACAGACUGGGUUGGACAUUCGGUGUUUUUGGACACGACACGAAAGGUCCGAUCGAUUCCAGCAAAGGCGUUUUCCAAUGGGCGUACUGCAUACAGCAUGCUCGGCGUACGGCUCGGGUUAG